UUGUGCCCUGCCGCUUAUCCAUCCACUUUCUAUUGCUCCAUUCCCAAGCACAGUUCGAGCACGCUGCACGCUGCACCGAACCAGCUAAGAACUAAUUUUGCCCAAUUUAACUGCCUGUCUGUACCUAAGCUACCCAUCCAUCAGCUUACAAAAACAAAUAAACCUGCGCUCCCAACUGCGCGUCCUCUCCUUGUUUCAUAAUAAACAAGAGUCGCUGUCUCUAUUUCUGCCGUCUUUACCGGCCUUCACUCUUUUACUACCCAUACUCAUCGGAUCUAAAACAAUCGUCAAGAUUCGGCAUAAUGGCGUACAACAGACCCUAUAACCCUGACGAACUGCCAAGAUUCGCAGAACCUGAGCAGAAGGGCGGUGCACCUAGCCAGUCUGCUCGAUACGAGAGCAAACCACAACCGCCUGUCCCUGGUGCUGGUCCUCGACACGAUAGUAUCCCACCUCGUCGCACUGAACCAGGACGUUUAACUCCUACAGGAUACGCCCCAAGUAGCUCGCCGCACCCAGGCAGCUACGGUAGCAACGGCGGCGGUCACCACAGCGGUAGCUACGACAGUUAUAACUACAAACCAAAUUCGUACUCAACUAUGUCGCCGCCCCCUUCCGCAUCAGGUCCGCGACCUGUAACGCAAAAUCGUCCACCCGCGGCGAGUCGACCACCACCUUCGCCUGGCCCAUCAGAAGGCGGCGCUGCUGACCCGAAGCUGUGGCCACUAUUCAGAGCUGUUGAUAAAGAUGGCACGGGCCAACUUUCCGAAAAGGAACUCUCAGCUGCUCUUGUAAACGGCGACUGGACAUCUUUUGACUCGCAGACGGUGCGCAUGAUGAUUCGCAUGUUCGACAGCGACCGCUCCGGCACCAUCGGGUUCGAAGAGUUUUGUGGGCUUUGGUCAUUCCUGGCGUCCUGGCGCGCGCUCUUCGACCGUUUCGAUGCCGACCGCAGCGGCAACAUCUCCCCCGACGAGUUCAGCAACGCCCUUAUCGCCUUCCGAUACCGCCUCUCCCCCGGGUUCGUAGACUUGCUGUUCCGAACUUACGAUAAGCGUAACGAGGGCGUUAUGAGCUUUGACUUGUUCGUCCAAGCUUGCAUUAGCUUGAAGCGCAUGACGGACGUCUUCAAGAAGUACGAUGAGGACCGUGAUGGAUACAUUACCUUGAGCUUUGAGGACUUCUUAGUGGAGAUCUUGAAGCAACUUAAGUAAUAAGUACAGUAUGUGGGCGAGGAAGCUGUCCGAGGUUGGGGUUGGGUUCACGGGAAAGGGAAUAUACUCAACGUUAGGCCGGGGCGGAAGGUGCUGGUAUGUAUAGACGGACUCAUCUACGGAGUCACCCUCCAUCACCAUGGAGGUAUAUAGGCAGACAUGGGGUAGGCCUUAGUUUCCUCAGUUCAAGGACAAGGCGUGCUUUUAAGCAUUUAGUCACGAGCAAGCUCGUACCUAACCACGGGGUUUUAGCUAAAUGGAAGCAUUCAUAUCUGGAAUGGAACGGGAUGGCAGUGAGCAUGCAAGGCGACACGGGUGAGGCAGGCCCAAGGAUCUUUUUUUCUCUCUCUUGUGUUUGCGGUAGAUACCAAAGUCAUACGGGAAGGGAGAAUGAAUGAAUUUGCCUAGCUAAGUGGUAGCGAACAGAAGGCAAUCAAUCAAUCACAGAUUCCAUCCAUAUCCA